AUGAAGAAGAAGUCGGUCUACGCGAAUAUCACACCCAUUCCCUCCCAGAUCCCCCGGCAGCUGGCCAUUGACAUGCUUCACAGCCAUGGCGAAAUCAUCGAGUUGAAUCCGCUAGUAACCGGCUACAAGCCUGUCAAGGCUCCCCAGAAUGCGCCCUCGGACGAGUUCUUCUCCACGUGGUACGAAAUCUCCCAGCGGAUACAGUAUAUACCGGGGAUGGGCAAGAUGGGUUCGGGCAAGAUAUCUUUCAAAGGCGUCUUCCAUGACAUGCCUUGGGGUCUACAAACGCACGUCUAUGCGGCCAUGGGUGUCGACAUCCGCAACAAGUGGCAGAUACGGGGAAACCAGCCUGGUGAGCCACCCGAGACAAAAGAGCUAGGCAGCGGUGCUCCCGCCGACGGCUUGUACUUGCGCGAGGACAUCGAAAUCAAGUGCAAUCCCGCCAUGAUCUCAUUCGUCAAAAAGGAACUCAAAGCCGCCUCAAAGAUCAUGGUCGAUCGAAUGGUCAAGAAAGCUGAGCUGAUCGACUCCGGCCAGCUCAGCGCCAUGAUGGAAGAUGGAAGACUCAAGACACUCAAUCCGGCCGAUCGGUCGCAGACCUCCGGCCCAGGCCAAUACUCGCCGACGUCGAUGAUGACGCCCAAGUCGCCCUACGGCCCAAUGUCGCCAGGUUUGCCGGACCGCAGACAGUCCGCCUACGGACGACAGUCGCAGUAUGGCCAUGACAGACAAUCACAGUACGGUAGCGUUCCGCUCGCACCCCAACAAGGCCUCGCCAUCGAGAUGCCCGGGAGCACGCAGUACGCCACGGUCCAGGACAAUCAGCGCUUGCAACCGCCGAACCGCUUCUCAACGGCGGUGUCCGAGUUGUCCGCCAGUACUCCUUCACCGGGCCAGACGAUGUUCGUGAACAGCAGCGCCUCGGACCGGCAAAGCUAUGCGGGCUCCGUCAGCUCGCAUCCCACAUCCCACGACCAAGAAGGGAUGAGUUCUCCGGGACUGGACAAGAGGUCAUUUGCCGCAGAAUUGCCGGCCAACGAGGGCAUGUCCGCGAGUUGGGGUUCGAGGAGUCCGGAUCCGAACGGCCAACAAGGACAGCAGUAUAGAAGUCCCGACCCCAAUGCACAACAAGGACAACAACAUAGCAGUCCGGAUCAAAAUUCCUACCAGUGGCAGCAGUACAGGAACCCCAACCAGCAGUACCGGUACAACCCUCAAGAUUAUGCCCGCAUGUCAUGA